AGUGUAGACACUAGACAUUAGACAGUACCUUUUUAGUAGCUUGUUAUCUCAGCUGAUAAAUAUGGUAAACAAUAAAAAAUAAUUAGCAUUAGAAUCCAAAAGUUUAUCAAGGUCAUGGAAUUUUGAUGAGUUUAAUUUAGUUUCAAGUUUGAUCAUCAUGGCUAACACGACUAUUCUGUAUGGAUACUGGUUGUCGUCUUGUACAUGGCGAGUGCGAGCUGCGAUGCAUCUAAAGAAAAUGACAUUUGAAGAACGGUCUAUAGACAUCGUGCGAGAAAAGGCACAACUAACCGAGCAGUUCCGAAAGAUUAAUCCAUCCCAAAAAGUUCCUGCUUUAUUUGUGGAUGGUGCUACAAUCGUGGAGUCGAUGGCAAUUAUUGAAUAUCUAGAUGACACACGACCCGACCCACCCCUGAAACCCAUUACACCAUUACAAAGAGCCCGCAUGCAAGAAAUCUGUGAGAUUAUUGUUUCCGGUAUUCAGCCUCUCCAAAACAUUGGAUUAAAACGCUUUUUCGAGACUGAAGACAAGUUCACAGUAUUCACAAAACACUGGACAGAGCGUGGGCUUCAAAGCCUCGAGGUACUUUUGAAAAAUUCCGCUGGGGGUUAUAGUGUUGGAAACCAAAUGACUAAGGCUGAUCUGUGCCUUGUCCCACAAGUGUAUAAUGCAGUUACAAGGCACAAAUUGGAUCUCGGCAAAUAUCCGAUACUCUCCAAAUUGUAUGAAAAACUAUUAAAAGAAGAAAGUUUCCGGAAAACGCACCCAAUGAUAGUUAAGGUCCAGAAGAAAUUAACGUUACCAACUUUGUAAUAAUAUCAUCAAUAUGGGUUAUUUAUAAGCAAUAUCUUUCUGCCUUUUUUUUAAAUAUUGUACUUUUAAAUAUAUAAAUAAAUAGCUAAAAAGUCAAUUAUAUAAUAUGGUUCAGUGUUCCUUCAUUCGUUUUGUUUAUUUGUUUAUUUAUUUUUUAUAAAAAAAAACUGUGUCAAAUUUCCUACUCAAUCUUAUACUGUAUUAAUUUGUAGAAUUAAUUUAAAAAAACUACAUAAAGGGUUAUUCGACAAAAUAACAAUCUUUACGGUCAACUUAUUUACUUAUGUCAGACCGUAUUUCUCUUAAUUACGUUAUUUUAUUUUUUAUAUAACAUAAUAAUAGGCUAAUACUACUCGAUUAUUAUAUCUCCUACUGAAUAUAAAUUAAAUUUACUAGUAGGAAUUAAACUGCUGAACUAAAUGUGUCCAGUUUGUGUCAUCACACUGUUAAAAACCUCUUUUCUAUUUCAGAUUAUGUAUACAAUAAAUAAAUCUAAUAAAUCCUUUUCUAAAUA